UAUAAACACACACUCUCUUUAUCUAAGGCAAACUCCCAUCCUCACCACCACCUACCGCCACGAGCACACUAGCUACCACCAUUCACCCCCACACCAGCUUAUCUCCAACCCCACGUCAUGGUCAUCUUCCUAUGACAAAGCCUUAGAUCAAGAAGCAGUAUGUCAACUAAACAACUAGAAUUUUGUUCUUCCUUAUCGAUUAGUUUGAUGGUUACAUCGAAUUCUAGCCUCAUAUAGUUGCAUCUUAAUUUCUAAAGCAGCAAAUAAAGAUGGCAUAGUCAUAGCUACUUCUAAAUAGCCAAGUCAACCACAACCUUCAUUAAAAAGAAUUGCUGUCUCUGAUCCUCCGAUUGCAUUCAAGACUUGUUGACUUUUCAAUGGCUUCUACUUCAUCUGCCCCAGCCCGUUACGAGUAUGAAGUUUUUCUAAGCUUAGACACUCGCCAUUCUUUUACGGAUCAUCUCUAUGAGGCCUUACACCAAGCGGGAAUUAGGACUUUCAGGGAUGAAGAUGAAAUCCGUGAUGGUCAAGAACUCAAGCCAGAAAUAGAGAGAUCAAUAAUAGAAUCCAGGGCUUCUGUAAUUGUAUUUUCAGAGAACUUUGCCGUUUCAACUUGGUGCCUUGAUGAGCUCUGGUUGAUCCUUGAGCAGAAGAGGAAGGGCGAUCAUUUCGUGCUACCUGUGUUUUAUGGCGUUGAUCCUUCGGAUGUCAGGAACCAGCGAGGAAGUUUCACGGUUGAAUCGAGAAUAGGAUCAAAAUGGACGGAGGAUAAUGUGAAUAGGUGGAAGGCAGCCUUAAGAGAGGUGGCUAAUUUGAAGGGAAUGGUUGUUUCUGGGUCUGAAACCGCCUUUAUUGCAGAAAUCGUUCACAAAGUUUACCAUGAACUAGAUUUGAAACUACUCUGUAGUCCGCCCAAUCUAACUGGAAUAGAGAUUAGAGCCCGAGAUAUUAAUUCCUGGUUGAGAUAUGAGCAGCCUGGUUUUCCAGUUCUAGCAAUUUGUGGUAUGGGAGGAAGUGGUAAGACAACACUUGUCAAGCACAUUUAUAACACAAACAAGCAACACUUUGAAAGCAGCAGUUUUCUUGAAGAGAUUGAGGAUAAACCAGGUGUUUUGCUUGGUCUACAGAAACAACUUCUCAGAGAUGUUUUAGGAACUAAUAUAGUGAUAUCUAAUGUUUCUGAGGGAACACUUCAAAUCGAGAGAGCCAUAGAAAGGAAAAGAGUCCUUAUUGUUGUUGAUGAUAUUGAUGACUCAGACAUACUAAGCACUUUAUUUGGAGCAAAGGUGUUAGAUACACAAAGCAAGAUCAUUAUAACAACAAGGCUUCUAAACAUUGAUACAUGGUUUGAAUCCAUAUCUUGGAGGUGCCGUGUGUACAAACUUGAAUUGUUGAAUCCUGAUGAAUCAUUAGAGCUCUUAAGUUGGCAUGCCUUUGGUUCCAAAAUUCCUAUGGAAGGUUUUGAGAAGAUUGCAGCAGAGUUAGCUCAAUAUUGUGGUGGAAAUCCACUAGCUCUUAAAGUAUUGGGUUCUUCUCUGUUUGUUAGUGUCGAAAACCCAUGGACAAAAAGUAACAUGAUAGAAAUUUGGAGGAGUAGAAUGGAUUCACUGAAUUCGUUGAAAGGAGAUCUUGAUGCUAAAAUCCAAGGUGUAUUACAGAGGAGCUUUGAAUCCUUAGCAUGUCACAGUCACAAAGAAUUGUUUCUCCAUAUUGCUUCUUUUUUUGUCGGUGAAUAUGCAUUUGAUGUGGAAAAGAUAUUGGAGAAUGAUUAUCAUGCAAAAUCUGGGAUAAUGACCCUCGUUAAUAGGUGCCUCGUGACCGUUUCAAGAGAUUUUGGAAAACUCAUGAUGCAUAACCUUCUUCAAGAUUUGGCAAGAAAUAUAGUUCGUGAAGAGUCCAAAGAUCCUGCCAAACGUAGUAGAGUGUGGCAAUGUGAUGAAUCUUAUUGUUUGUUGAGUAAAGGAGACGGCUCCAAGACAAUUGAAGGCCUAGUGCUUGAUAUGCCAAAGGCAAAGCAAGCGAUGACAUCAGAGACUUUUAAAACAAGUUCCCUUGUGAAAAUGAAGAACCUUAAAUUGCUCCAGCUCAGAGAUGUGAAACUUACUGGUUCAUAUGAGAAUUUUCCAAAUUUAAGAUUGUUGAAGUGGCAUGGAUGUAAUCUGAAAACAAUACCCCCAGGCCUAUUGAUGAGCUCCUUGGUGGCUCUAGAUAUGCGUAAUGGAGACUUGGAAAAGUUUGAACCACCCAUGGUUCUUCAUUCGCUCAAGGUUCUACGUCUCUCUUGGUCUUACAAACUUGUCAGUAUCUACAAUCUCCACCGACUCCCUAAACUUGAGGCUUUGGACCUCGGUAGCUGUAUCAGUUUGACUCAUGUUUGUAAAACGAUAAAAGACCUUGAGAAUCUUUCUUUCUUGAGGUUGUCAGGGUGCACUAGGUUGUGGAAGGCUUCAUCGAAUCAGAAGUGCGUCAAUCAACUCAAAAGGCUAAAAACUUUAUGUAUUUGUAGUGGAACUCCUAAACAGCCUUUGUGUUCCUUACCCGAAUCAUUAUCUACGUUGAUUUUAUCUUCAAGUUCAUUUGAGAUCUUGCCGAAUCACAUUGACCUUAGAAUGCUUCAGACGCUUUACUUGAGUUGGUGUCCAAACCUCAAGUCUCUGUCAUGUCUCCCAAUUACGCUAAAGGGGCUGCAUGUAGAUUGGUGUACAUCACUGGAGAAUAUAACAUUCCAAUCAGCUCGUUUCACACUGCAGGAGUUUUGUUAUGAAGGUUGUUUUAAACUGUUUGAGAUUGAAGGCCUUUUUAAGUUGGUAUCCAUAGCAGAAGUUGAUGAAGCAGAUCUGGAGCAUAUGCAAUGGAUUAAGUUGUACCAAAAUCAUAAGGUGGACCUGGUUGGUGAUGUGAUUACUAAAGGCAGAACUUUUAAUAUCCAGAUGUUGUAUGAAUAUGGUAUAAGGAGCACUUAUCUCCAAAGCAUAGAGGAUCAAAGCAUGGCGCAACAUGAAUAUACCUCAUCAUCCAAUUUCUUAUCCCUUUGUGUGCCCUUGCGUCCGAAGAAAAAUAGGAUCCAAGGACUAAGUGUCACCAUCUUAUGCGGAUCAUUAUCAUCAGAUGAGGAUGGUAGAAUUAUGUUACCUCCUUUUGCUAAAAUCAGUAACAGAGCCAAGGGUAUAACUUGGGUAUACAACCCUGUAGUGUUUUGCCUACCCAGAGUUGAUAGAGAUGUUGUAUGGUUAAGCUAUUGGCCAAUUGGAAACUUACUUGACGUUGGAGAUAUAGUUCAUGUGACUGUCUUUUUGGAUGAAAGAAUGUUUAUAGUAAGAGAGUGUGGUGCGAGCCUUGUGUAUAUGGAUGAUGGUGAAGUAGAGAAAGAUGAAAAGUGUGCUGAAAGGAUGAAAGGGGAAGAAGUGAUUGGAGGAGAUCUUUCUUUAUUCCAGGUCACCAAAGGAGCCUACUAUCUUUGCCGUCGUGAUUUUUAUAAGUCAGAGACCCCCUAAUUUGUUAAAAUGGUUGUUUGGUGAUAAUACUGAGUAUACAAUAGAUUCACGAAGGUGGAGACCGUAUACUCCAUCAUUAACAGAGCUUCCAGAGCUGAAUGUUUAUCGAAACCCCAAUCGCAGAAAAAUUGAAGUUGUGCUGGGAGUGAGCUUUAAUAGUGACACUGAAACUGAGAAGAUGGUGAAGACGAUAUCGAGUCUUGUAGGUGUUGAAUCUGUCUCCACUUACAAAGAAAUCGGAAGACUAAUUGUUGUCGGACGUGUUGAUGUUCGAGCAGUGGCAACAUGUGUUAGAGAACAUGAGAAGAUGGUUCAAGUCUUAGAAUAUAAGCAUGUUUAAACAUCUUUGUAUAUGAAAUUAUGUAUCGUGGCUUCAACGCAACUCCCAUUAUUUUAUAGGCAUAAACAUAAUUUGUUUACAAAUAUCAAUAUAAUACUUUUUAGAUCUUA